CCUCCAUGUGACGCGCCCUCCCCGCCGUGCCCUUCAGCCGCCGCCGCAGUUCGCGCGGUGCCACAUGGACCCUGCCGGCCCGAGCGCGCCCCGCCGCUGACCGCGCGCCCGGCCUUGGGAAGGAAGAGGACUCCUGGCUACACUUGAAUGUGAAUUCUGACCCUUGGCGAAGUCGCUGAGGAGUCCGAGCCAUCGUCAUGGAGUUCGUGAUGAAACAGGCCCUGGGAGGGGCCACCAAGGACAUGGGAAAGAUGCUCGGGGGUGACGAGGAGAAGGACCCAGAUGCGGCCAAGAAGGAGGAGGAGCGCCAGGAGGCCCUGCGCCAGGAGGAGGAGGAACGCAAGGCCAAGUACGCCAAGAUGGAGGCGGAGCGAGAGGUCAUGCGUCAGGGCAUCCGCGACAAGUACGGCAUCAAGAAGAAGGAGGAGCGCGAGGCGGAGGCCCAGGCCGCCAUGGAGGCCAACUCGGAGGGCAGCCUGACACGGCCCAAGAAGGCCAUCCCGCCGGGCUGCGGGGACGAGCAGGAGGAGGAGGAUGAGAGCAUCCUGGACACGGUGAUCAAGUACCUGCCCGGGCCGCUGCAGGACAUAUUCAAGAAGUAACGCGGCGCCGCAGCCGCGGGACCCCGGAGCCCCCGCCCCCGCCCGCCCCGUAAGACCCUCCGCGGAGACCCCGAAGGGAUGUCGGGAGCCCAGUGCAGCCCCCACGCCGAUAUAAGCCAUAGCUCUAGGUCUGUCCUUCCCGCGCCC